CCUACCAUAUCAACAUUUGACACAUUUAUUUAAAAACCAACAAGUAUGCCUAAUCUCAUCACAACGUUGAUCUUAUUAUGUCUGGCCAUGACUGUGUUCUCCAUAACAGAGAAUGUUCUUUGUAAAUUGGGAGGUGAUGUUGUGUUGAUGCCAGACUCUGUGACACACUCCCCCAUCCAAUGGAGGUUGUACCAGAACAAGGUGACAGAGUUUGACUUAGAUUUUGGCCUUGACGUAAUCUACUAUGGUGAAUUCAAAGGACGCACAACCCUCAAUACAACAACUGGAGAGCUGAGAAUUACCGAUUUGAGGAAAACAGAUGAAGGAGUUUACUCUGUGGAGUUUAACAGCAAAACCCUUGAGAAGACAUAUACAUUAUCUGUUCUCAAAACAGUCCCCAAACCAAAAAUCAUUGUUACCUGCCAAGAUUACCAAAUCUCCUGCAUUCUGACCUGUGAAGGUGACACAUCUGAUGCUGAACAAGUGACCUACUGGUGGAAAGUGGGAGAGGGAAACUGGGAAAAGACUGACAAGUUACUGGAUGUCACUAAGAGUGACAGUAAACUGUAUCAAAACGGUUACAAGUACACCUGCAAGUUGGAGAACUCUGUUAGUGAGGAAGUCAGUGAUCCAGUUGGACCAUUUGUCUCACAGUUUUCUGAAGUCGUUGGUGUUGUUAUACGCAGCUUACUUGGCAGUGGUGCAAUUGCCAUCUCAGAACAAAACCAAUUCAUUUCAGAAGACAAGGUGUAGAUGAUCCAGUAUUUCAGGAUGGAGGACAUGAGCCCUUGGACAACGCCUCAAGACUACCUGGCCUGACUACUCAUAGUCCUUGUCCCAAGUCCUCCUGUUUGUGUUGCUGAUUUAGUGACUCCUGCUGCCACUGCCUACAGCCCACCUGGUUGUCCCAUGUCCUUGUCCACCUGGGCGUCCUUGUCCACCUGGUUGUGCAGCUGAUCUGGAUUCUGUCUAAAGACUCUGGAUACAGCCAAUCUGCAUUUAUUUCCCUGCUGGUGAUCUGAAUAUAAGAUCUGAACACUUAUAAUCGUCAACUGGCACAGCCAGAAGAAGACUGGCCACCCAUCAGUCUGGCUCCUCUUUAAUUUAAAUUAGUAAAAUUAGUUUAUUUCCUCUAGCUUUCUAUAAGCUAGCCAGUUAGCAAUGUUAGCAGUUCAGUCAGGUACGUCACUCACUACGUGACUUGAGGUAGUUGUUUUCCUUGCUCCAGAAGGUCCUCUGCAGUUAUCAUUGUGAUGAGAGGUUCACUGGUUCGGGCCCCACAUGGGACAGUAGUAGAGCUGGGGAUGCAAUGCUGUUACACACAAACCAAUUAAGUAAACUGAACAUAUUUUUGGCAAAUAAGGCAAUUAUUUUCCAGUAUUGAAGAUCACAUCUGCUAGAGCUUCUUUUUUAACUGGUAGGAGUGAAACCCAAUGAGGUUGUGUGCAGAAACAAGACAUUAAUAAUAAGGAUGGUUGGGUUGUGCAUGCCGUUCUGCACAUGUUUUUUUGCACUGUUAUUAUUAAUGAAAAGAAUGAGCCUCUGUAUGUAAGACAAUAAUUCUCUUCUGUUUAUUUAUAAAAAGCAGAUUUAUAGGAAAGUGUGUGCUUCAAUAAAUCACUGCUUGGUGAAGCAAGUAAUUCAGUUUCUUCACAACCAUGUACCGUUUAGUGAUUCAUCAGUCUUCAAAUACUCAAUAAACCAGUAUUAUAACCCCUAACUUGGUAAGACAACGGGUUCAUACAUGUGAAUGCUAGUUCAAUGCUAACUGUCACUAGCUUCAGUUCUCAAGCCAGUUCACUGGGGAAGAUCCACACACUUCAGAAGUAAUGUACAGAUAAUCAAAUCAGGUUUUUAGACACAUACUCACUCAAAAACAUGUUGCAAAACGUACAUUC